AUGGCUCAACCAACAAGUCCGUCAAAGUCCCUGCCAGAGGGGGCACCCAAUGGCACUCCAACCGCAAACUCCCACCAUGUGAGGUCUAACUCGGAUGUGCCUAUAGAUCCCUCGAUUUCGCAAGCCAGUCCGACCUACCCUCCCUACUCGCCCUAUCCGCAAGGACAGGACAUGCAACAUGCGUACCAGCCUCAGCACCCGCCCUACAUGCCCCAGCGACCACCGCAUGAGCAGUGGGGUGGCUAUCCACCACAGCAUGGCAUGCCCGCGCCGUAUCCUCAUCCUGGACCAGGCGUCCAAGGCCCGCCUCAAACAUCAGCUGCAUCCCGCUCUGGUCAGGUGUACUCGUUCGUCCCUAUCCCGGGUGCGCAGCAACAUAAGCGUCCGCGCCGUAGGUACGAGGAAAUUGAGCGCAUGUACAAAUGUGGCUGGAAUGGGUGCGAAAAAGCAUAUGGGACACUCAAUCAUCUGAACGCGCACGUGACGAUGCAGUCGCAUGGAACCAAGAGAACUCCGGAAGAGUUCAAGGAGAUCCGCAAGGAGUGGAAAGCUCGUAAGAAGGAAGAAGAAAACGCGCGCAAGGCCGAAGAAGAGCGCCAGAGAGUCGCUGCUCAGGCUAACCAGGUGGACGGUCCACCAGGCGAUGCGCAUCCCGUCCCUGGACAAGGCUAUCAACAAAAUGGAGCUCGACCGUCGCUUCCACCCAUUGGCUACCAAUCCGCCGACGGACAUGCUCAAGGGCAAUAUGGACAGCCGCAAGGCGGUAUGGUCUAUCCACAAGGAAGCACCCAGAUGAACAGCUAUCCCAAUUAUCCGAAUUCGCCUUAUGCCCAACAAGGCCAGGUUUACCAACAACGCCAAUACUAG